AUGCCCUCGCACUCCCAGACUCCUCAGGGGCGGUCCCUACCUCCACGGAAGCAAGGACCAAGCGCCUGCAUCGCCGCAUUGGAAGAAGAAUUACAAAUGAUGAGGCAAGAAAGAGGAACGAAGCAAAGAAAAACUACCUACUACGUCGCUCAAGGCAGGGGGGCUCGUCAUAUAAGCGUCCUUUAUACUAACCUAGAAGACUUGAUCACCGAGAACGAUCACAGGUAUGAGGAAGCCAUAUUGGAUGACUUGGAGGGCAGCACCCUAGAACAAAAUCGCCUGCAGCGAGGCUACCUCGCACUCACACAAGCUCUGCCAUGGUUUCAUUCUAAGCUUUCAGAACUUGAUGCUGAUGACUGUGAAGAUAUGUUGAAAAAGAUCAAAAGAGGAGCUGAUGCGGCCCGUGGCGAUGAUACUUCCACUCUUAAGGACCUCAUCGCUACCUGGCUGCGCGGCUUCGCACACGACAUUUGUGGGAAUUUGCUAUGCCCUGCCGAGUGGGACUGGAAUGAUAACCGCGACCUAGAGAAAGGUCUCUUCAAGUCGAAAAUCCUCAUUCAGGCUUUCAAAGCCAUAUUUACAUCUCCAUCUUCUGCAAGAGAAGCCGAUGGCAAUGGCAAUGGUGCCGACAUCCUCGAGAAUAACAGGUGCGCUUGUCGGGCCUUAAAUCAAGUUAAGGUCAAAAUGUGUGUGGCAUCCAUUAUCAACAUGAGGAAAGUCACCCCUCGCUCCAUCGCUUAUAUUGUUUGUCAAGUUCAUUUUGCGCUAUCCAGCGUCUCAUCUUGGCGCACCAUCGAUGGGGACUUCGACUAUGAAGGAUUCUGGAAUAACAUUGUCGACUUCUUUGAGGAAGUCCCUGGCCCUGUUGCACGACAUAGGGUAACCAAACUUCUCGAAUGGUGGACAAGGAAGGUUUUCGGAAAAAAUCACCGCGAGGAUCUCACACCCGAAGUUGUGUCUCAGAUGUCCAUUACAGCGCUGGCAGAACAGAGAAAGGCACAGGAGGAUGCUGCUUUCAAUUUAGACUAG